AUGUCCGGGGCUAGCACCCCUGGGGCCACCACCUCCGGGGCCACUACCCCAGAUCCCGAGAUGCCUCCCUCUAAGGGUCGGAACCGUCUCAUUCGCGGCCUACAGCGCAUGUCCUCCUCCCCAUCCAUAACCAGCCUCCGCCGAUCUAGGUCCCACAGUGCACCCUACCGGUCCAGCACGAGGGGAGCCCUGUCGUGCGUCAGCCUCGCCUCGGCCGCUCCGCCCCAGAUAGCUGCUCUGCGAAGUGCUGGGCUCGCGACCCCUCAGCCUUCUCAGCUGGGUCCCAACGGGUCAUCUACCUCCUCCAACCCAUCCAGGCCCGUCACGCCCGCCGAGUUCGUCUUCCCCGAGACGGACGAGUCCGAACUCGCUGCCGUGCGCAGGGUGGAGAAUGCUAGGCCGACCUCGUCCAAUGCCGGCACCGCACCGCUCCCAGCCGGCUUGGCCAGGGUUGGCUCCUCCUCCUCCUGCCUUGGACAGAAGAAGACGCACCAGCAGAACCAGCACGAGCAGGACCAGAAGGACCAGCAGGACCAGCGGGACCAGCAGGACCAGCGGGACCAGCAGGACCAGCAGGAGCCUCCUCCGUUCCAACUCUGGGAUAAGCUGCCGUACGAGCUCAAGAUCUGGACAUUGUCGUUCCUGCAGCCCAAGGAGCUGGUGCAGGCGUCGCGUGUGAGCCGCAGCUUCUACGGCGCCUGUCUGGAUGGACAGCUGUGGAUCUCCCUGGACGCAUCGGAGUUCUACCAGGAGAUCCCGGCCGAGUCGCUGUCCCGCAUCAUCGUGGCGGCGGGCCCCUUCAUCAAGGAUCUCAAUCUCCGCGGGUGCGUGCAGAUGGAGCAUUACAAGCGGGCCGACGUCAUCGUCAAGGCGUGCCGGAACCUGAUCAACGCCACGCUCGAGGGCUGCCGCAACUUCCAGAAGAGCACGCUGCACAGCCUGCUCGAGAGCAACUCACGCCUUGUGCACCUCAACCUGACGGGCCUGGCGGCCGUGUCGAACCGGUCGUGCAGGAUCGUGUCCGAGUCGUGUCCGCAGCUCAGGACGCUCAACAUCUCGUGGUGCGGCAAGGUCGACUCUCGGGGGCUGGAGUCGGUCAUCCGCGGCUGCGCCAACCUAGAGGACCUGCGGGCCGGCGAGGUCCGCGGCUUCGACAGCAUCCCCCUCGCCGAAGCCAUCUUCGAGACCAACAAGCUGCAGCGCCUCCUCGUCAGCGGCUGCGCGGAGCUCACGGACGAGUCCCUCCGGACCAUGAUGCAUGGCGUCGACCCGCCCAUCGACAUCCUCACCGGCCGGCCCCUCGUUCCCCCUCGCAAGCUGCGCCACCUCGACCUGAGCCAGUGCACGCGCCUGUCGGACGCGGGUGUCCGCUCGAUGGCCUACCUGACGCCGGAGCUGGAGGGCCUUCAGCUCUCACGCUGCCGCGACCUCAGCGACGCCGCCCUCGAGCCCAUCCUCGCCUCGUGCCCGCGCCUCACCCACCUCGAGCUCGAGGACCUGCCCCUGCUGACGAACGCCGUGCUUUCCGAGCAUCUCGUCAAGGCGCCCUGCGCCUCCAAGCUGGAGCACCUCUCCCUCAGCUACUGCGAGACCCUGGGUGACGUGGGUAUCCUGCCCGUCAUGCAGCGCUGCGUCGGCCUGCGAAGCGUGGAACUGGACAACACGCGCGCCAGCGACCUCGUCCUCGCCGAGGCCGCCACAAUGGUAUCCAAGCGAUCCAAGCGCUCAUCUUCCACCUCUUCCCCCUCCCCGCCCGAACCCACCCUCCGCAUGGUGGUGUACGACUGCGCCAACAUAACAUGGACGGGCAUCCGCGAGGUGCUGUACCGCAACUCGCACGCCUACCCGGCCGCAAACCAACCCGGGCUGGUAGCCUACCCCACCGAGGCCAUCAUGCUCAAGUGCUUCUACGGAUUUCAGAUGACGGUCGACGAGCACCAGAAGCGCGUCCUGAGCGGCAAGUUUGCCGCCGCAUCGCGCCUCGAGAAGAAGUGGGCCGAAUACAUGCAGGCGAACGAGGAGGCCGGGACGGGUGGAUCAGGCCAUCGCCGGAGGAGGAGGAGGGCUAGGGAGGCCGAAGCUAUGCAUCUGGACGAGGAGCUUGGCGGGAGGCAGCGUUCCAGGACUGUGGGAGGCUGCUCCGUCAUGUGA